CUCGACCCGCUCCGAGUCGACUCGACUCCGCACGACUCGACCCGAUUCAGCACACGAGGCCGCGGCUCACCUAGUCAUUUGGUAGGCGCAGUCGGUGACGGACGUGUUCGAGGCUCGCUCGGCUGUGCAGUAUAUCUAACCGACCAGUCCGAGACCGGCUAUAACGGACAUAGAAUGAAGGACAUCCGGUCACAGUUCGAGAAGAAUGGCUUCGUCGUUCUGGAGGAUUUCUUUCAACCCGAAGAAAUCGACGAACUGAAAUUUUGCGGCGAGGAGUUCACGAAAAACCUGCCUCCAGAAAGUGAAAGAAAAGUCUUCAGUACAGUAAACGCGCAACAAAGUAAAGAUCAGUAUUUCCUGGAUAGUGCUAAUAAAAUAAGUGUGUUCUUCGAGGCUGAAGCGUUAGAAAAUGAUGGAACGUUGAAAGUACAUCCCCGAGUGUCCUUAAACAAGGUCGGUCAUGCUCUUCACUGGCUUCAUCCCACAUUCAAGAAAUACACAUUCGAUGAAAGAGUAAAGGAAGUAGCUUUCCAACUUGAUUAUGAGGAGCCAGCUGUUUGUCAGUCAAUGUACAUUUACAAAAAUCCUGGUACUGGAUCAGAAGUCAUCAUGCACCAGGAUGCAACGUAUCUAUACACAGAUCCAGUGAAACUAGUGGGAUUCUGGAUCGCUUUGGAGGAUACCACUCAAGAAAAUGGAUGUCUGUGGAUUGCUCCUGGUUCUCAUAAAAGCGGUGUACACAGACGUUACACGAGGAACAAAGAUCCAGAUUCCAAGGAGCUGGUAAUCUAUGACAGACCUGCACCCUGCUAUCAGCUCAGCAAUUUCCGACCUGUACCCGUCAGUAAAGGAACAUGCAUCCUCAUUCAUGGAGAAGUUGUACAUUUCUCGUAUCCGAACAAAAGUGACAAAUCAAGACACGCGUAUACUUUCCACGUGAUCGACACGCAACAUGUUUCUUAUGCGAAGGAUAAUUGGCUUCAACCACCUCCGGGAGGAUUUCCGAAACUUUACAGAAAUUAAAUUAAACACUUGAAACGUUUAAAUGGUAUAUUCUAAAACGAAAAAGAUGAUCGAGGAACAGAUAAUUUAGUACCGAUUACAAUGCUGGCUGUGCAUUUUUAUUUUUCACGUUGUACAAAAGUUACUUCUUGUAUUAUACAGACCUGUUAAUAAAAACAUUUAAAAUA